AUGGCAGAUAUUUCACAAAUACCUCACAUUAUACAUGAUACAACAUCUUAUAGUUUUACCACGUUAUCGCAAUUUUAUUGGUUUAAACAAACUAAUGCGCAUAUUUACAUAUAUCAAGAAAUUGUUAAUUCUACUAAAUAUUUAAUUUGUGCUGUGAAUAAUUUAAAUACACACACCAAUGUAUUCCACGACAAAAUACUUGUAGAAUUAAUUAUUAAUAACAUAUUCAUGAUAUUUCCAGCUGAAACACACUCCGUUUGUAUCGUAGCGCAGAAUAUCGUAACAAAAAUAACGUUUAUGUAG